AUGAACUCAGCUGCUCUCUACGAUUUCCUUAGCGGCAUAGCCGGUGCGACUGCUUCAGUUUAUAUUGGUCAACCUCUUGAUACGAUCAAGACUAAGUUGCAGACAUUUCCCAAUCGUUACAGAAACUUUGUCGAUUGUGCGCAGAAAAUUUUCUACAAAGACGGUAUACAUGGUCUGUAUGCAGGCACGGUACCAUCAUUACUCGCAAAUGCAGCUGAAAAUGGCGUUUUAUUUAUGGCUUAUGGUCAAUGCCAAAACUUGAUCUGUUCAUUGAAUCAUAAAGCGACCAGUGAAGAAUUAAAUUCUUUAGAAAAUAUGGCAGCGGGAAGCUUAGCGGCGGCGUUUGCCUCAUUGGCCCUGUGUCCAACAGAAUUAGUUAAAUGUCGUAUACAAACGAUGAAUGAAAUGACGACCAAUAAAGAUAUUCGAAAACGUCAAACGAUUUCUCCAAUGACGAUCACGCGAAAUAUCAUUCGCACCGAAGGUGCACGUGGCUUAUAUCGUGGAUUGACAGCAACAUUACUGAGAGAAUGUCCUGGUUACGGUUGUUUUUUUGGAGGCUAUGAGCUAACAAGAACUUUAUUGACAAAGAAAAAUGAAGCGAAAAAGGAUAUCGGAUUUGUUAAAACAUGGCUAUCAGGUGGCAUGGCUGGUAUUUGCUUUUGGAUAUUUAUGUUUCCUAUUGACGCGAUCAAAUCACGUGUGCAAGUUUUUCAGCCGAAUAUGAGUGUAGCCAAAUAUGCACUUCAUAUUAUACGAAAUGAAGGAUUUACAACGUUAUAUGCUGGCUUGUUGCCAACACUAAUUCGAACCUUUUUCGCAACUGGUACACUGUUCAUCACAUAUGAGCACGUUCAAUCAUUUCUACAUCGUUCUUUCUAA